AACACUCCUAUGGAUAUGCUGGCGCUGCUGUGUGUCACUCGCUUUGAUGAGCACAAGUUCCCUCUGGGAGACCUGGGCCGUCCUGUGAGUCCUUGGGUGCAAUGGUGCAACGAUAAUAUCGACUUACAAGACAAAACUCUGACAAAGGAAUCAGCAAUGAAGCUGAGGCUACUAACCUCCAUCUUUGCGCUCAGGCGGACCUUAGAGGACAGCGGAAUCGUAAUGCCCGAGAAGAAGUACGAUAUGAGACAACUGGAACUCUCGGAGGAGGAAGCGAACUACUACAGAGAAUAUCAGAUUCGUUGUGCAACGAAAAUCGAAGUUUUCAAGAAAGAAAACAGGUUAGAGAAACAGGCCAUCUGUGUGUUCGCCAUGCUGACCCGUCUGAGGCAGCUGUGCAUACAUCCGUGGCUUGUGCAGUAUACAGGUGCGACA